AUGAAAUCAUAAUAUGAUUACUCUAAUGUUUUAUUCGAAUGCAUUCUGGUUCGUAAGCAUUUUAUCAGUGAUGUGAAGUAUUAUUGCUAUAUUUUAAAUGGCUACAUGUUGAUGAGUAGAGUAAGAUAUGCAAUGUAUGUAAGAAAGUGAAGGAUUCCUCCCCAAAAUAUGUUUUACCAUUAUAGUUGGCAAAUUAGGUCGGAUGGAUUGUAGAGAGGAAAGAUAAGAAUAUUUUAUUUAAGGCAAUCACGAUCAAGUAUAUGGAAAAGUACAAGGACUUUGUGGGUCGCAGCAGUGAAUUGCAGAAGUAAUAAAAUAAAUUAAGUAGACUGAAGGAACAUCUAAGUAAUAAAGUGACAUUUUACAAGAUUGCUGAUUUCUAUGAAGCAUAAUACAAUUUAGGAAAGGGAAGUUCAGCAAAAGUCAUCCAAAUAAAAGAAUUAGGAAAUGAAUAAUCAAAAUUGGCAGCAAAAGCGAUAGACAAAAGUUAUCUGCAAAAAAGUGAAUCUGGCAUGCAGGCAUUUUUGAAUGAAGUCAACAUCCUCAGUCACCUCAGCAAGUAUAGUAGUUGUGGUCCCUUCAUUAAAUUACACGAGACCUUCGAAGGAGAUCAUACAUUUUAUCUCAUCUUAGAUUUGAUGUAAGGACGAACCUUAGCAGAUGAAUUGGACAUCCUCAAAGUAAUAGAUAAUACCAAUUAUUAGCAAAGAAAGGAGUUAUUUCCCUUGAAAUUAGUAAAAGUUAUAAUGAAACAAUUGCUUAAAGGGGUUAAGUUGCUACAUGAAGCCAAUAUCAUUCACAGAGAUUUGAAACCAGACAACAUCAUGUUUCGAGAAUUAGAUUCCUAUGAAACUCUAACCAUUGUAGACUUUGGAUUAUCGACCUUCACUGAUGUUACAAAGUAUCAAUUUCCAAAAUGUGGUACUCCUGGAUAUGUAGCACCUGAGAUCUUAAAUUUAGUUGACAGAUAAUAAAAAUACGAUAAAGUCUGCGAUAUCUUUAGUUGUGGUUGCAUUUUUUAUAAAUUACUAUUUGGACAUAGUUUGUUUAUGGGUAAUACUUUUAAUGAAGUUUUGGGAUAAAAUAAAAAGUGUAAUUAUACACUUGACACAUCUGAAAUGAAUUCUAUUCCUUAUGAAGCAUAAGAACUACUUAAACAGAUGCUUGCAAAGAAUCCCUCUGAAAGAAUCACAGCCUAAUUGGCUUUGGAAUCAGAUUUUUUUAACAAACCUUCAUCUCCACUACAAUCAAAAAGUAUAUUUUUGUAUUUAAUUAGAGCUUAAAGCAUUCAAUGUACCUAAUAUCAGUAGUAGGAAUAUAUUUUAACAAACAACAGAUGGAUUGUAAUCCGAAGCUGAAUCUCCAUUUUAGAGAAUUAGUCAGAAAUGCAAAAAUUAAGUGGAUUUUGAUGUAGACAUCCAAGAGAACAAAUGCUCCUCUAUUUAAAUUAGAUAGCUACCCUCUGUCAAAAAGCCUACUUGUGUAAGGUUAGAGGAUUCAACCAUUGGUAGUUUCUAUGCUAAAGAUCCCUUAAGUAGUUUCAAGAAACUAAAAGGAAGUAUUGCAUUCAUAUCUAUUUAAGCAUCUCAAAAAUAAUUAAAUGAGACUAAAGAAAUCCAAGUUAAUCAAUUCGAUGUCGAAUAAAUGUAAAGAAUCUCAUUAUUUAACAGAAAAGAUGAUAAUUGA